UGUGAGACGAUCGAAUGGGCAACGGCGGGAUCGGAUUGGCCGGGGCUUCGCUCCUCCAAUGAGAAAUCUUUACAGAAUUAAUGAUUUGGUAGCGCAGCGGAGGGGAUGCGAAACAGCCUCUCGUCUCAUUUCCUGCUUAUCCUUUGUUUACCAUCGAGUGUUUGUUGUUUUUUUCAGUUUUGGAUCUAAGCUCGGUCGACUAUCUUCUGGUAGAAUGAGUUAUCCCGCAUUUUUCCACAUCGAUUUCCGCCUGAAAAAAAAUCCGCUCGUAUGAUGUGGUUUUAUUUAUCGAUUUUUUUCAAAAAUCUCUUAACUGUUUGAAAAAAAUUUUCGGUCGGUUUUUUUUUAUGGUUCGACUGAUAAGACGCGAGUGAACAGGUUGUUUAUCGCCCUUGCUGUCCUCGUGUAGAGGAAAAUUUUCGUCCAAAAACGUCAAAUAGUGCAUAAAGAAUAUUUUACGAUGGAGGGAUGUGGGAUGGAAAGGGAGCACAGUGCUCUAGGCGGCCUCUUUAACCAGAUCGUCACAGAUAUGAAAAAUGGUACACCAUUAUGGGAAGAUCUUGUAGUGAAAGCAACAAAACUUCAUUCAUGCUUAAGAGCAACAUUGAACGCAAUAUCGUCUUACUUAGACGCAUUUCAAAAAAUAGCAGAUGCUGCUACCAAUACCCGAGGAGCCACUAAAGAAAUUGGUACUGCAUUAACAAGGAUAUGCUUACGACAUAAGGCUGUAGAAGCUAGAAUGAAGACGUUUACUAGUGCUAUUAUGGACUGCCUUGUAGUACCACUUCAAGAAAAGCUUGAAGAUUGGAAAAAAGUUCUUAUAAAUUUAGACAAAGAACAUAGUAGGGAUUACAAACGUGCUAGAACUGAACUUAAGAAACGUUCCACUGACACUUUAAGACUGCAGAAAAAAGUGAAAAAAGGUAGUAAAGGCAGUGAUCUCCAAAGGAGAGUCGAGUGUUCUCUGCAAGACAUGAACGAAAGGAAGCAGGUUUUGGAAGAUAUUGAGAAAAAAGCUGUGAGAUCGGCACUGAUCGAAGAGAGAAGCCGGUACUGUCUUCUUGUCGCUUUCUUGAAACCAGUAGUGGAUGAGGAAGUUGCUAUGCUCUCUGAGCUUUCCCAUUUACAAGAAGUAGUUGACCAACUUGAAAAACACACAUCAGAUCCACAUUCGUUGCCUCCUGCAAGUGAACAAGUCAUUAGUGAUCUCAAAAGCAGUGAAGGUUGGACGUUUCAAACUCCUCCCAGCAGCCCGGGCUCUCUUGGCUCAAGAAAAUCAAGCAUGUGUAGCAUAUCGUCGUUAAAUAGCUCGUCUAGCGGAAGUUCUAAGUCUCACCAUUCGCCAAGCCAUCCUUACUGGCAUCGUUCCUUAUCUCAGCAUACAACUAAGUCAAUUGGGCGAGCAAUUAUCCUUGGCAUGAGCAGUGUUUCUUCUCAGGAUUCGGGUUUUACAUCACAAGAUGCCUUGUUCCCUGCCGCAUAUUCAUUGAAGGUUCCUAGUGCUUUUGAGCAGAGCAGUGGAAGUAAUGUCAGUACGCCCUGUGGUAGUGCUGGUAGUGUUAAUACGACAGGAACUAACCCGACGGCCACAUGGCCGAAUUUACAAGAAACCCUUCAAUUUGAAAGAGCAGCAACUGCAAUAAUGAACGAGCGUCCGCAUACUAUAUCAACAGCUUACGAAAAGGGACACCAAAGGCCGUCAUUAACAGUUUAUACUUUUCACGCUCCUGAAAGUUCACUUUCACAACCUUCUAGUCCUGUGCCUACUGAAGCCAGUGGCAGUGCCACACCCAUUGCAUCGCCUCAGCCAUCCACAAUUUCAUCUCGUCCGCCAAUCCCUAAUAGAUGCUCUUCCCUUGAAAGGCCAUCCCUUCCAUCAUCUAAAACAAGGCCGCACAAUGCUUCCAUCACCCAAUCAGUUCUACAACAUGCAGGAAUUGAGACUUCUCAACCUAUGUACGUCAACAUGCAUGAGUUGGCAAGCCUAGCUGCUAGCAAAGCCCAAGAAAUGAACUUUCCACCACCUCCUCCACCAUCACAAGAAGCACCAGCCGAAGCAAAUAAAAAAAAUGAAAAGAAUGAUACUAAUGAGAAGGAUGGAAGCACAUCAGAAAGUUCUUUAGAGUCUUCUAGUGGUUAUGGUAGCCAGAUUAUACAAUCAGCAACACAAGAGGAUAAUUCCCAGAAUGAAAUUUACAGUACAGGGUCUUUAAGGAAUUCGUUACUUAGACGUAGCUCAGUUCAAGGCCAAAAACCUCCUCCCCCCAUUAGACGGACAUCAUCGAUCUCCAUGUCCAUCCGAAAUUCUCAAGCGAACUAUGGAAUAUUUUCACCGGAAAAUUCUGGCAGCAAUGAAAGCCUUCCUCCUCCACCUGCUUAUUUAUUGGAAAGUUCCUAUACCGAAUCGUCAAAAACCAAUUCACUCGAAUUGUCCUCGAAGAAGGCGAGCGAGUACCAAAGGACUGCAGCAAUGGGAAUCGCCGCCGAACUACAGCGUAAAACAGUACAAUUGACGAUGAAAGAAAAGAGACUGCCAAGUGAUAUAAAAAAUCAAAGCUGCGGCAUCAGCGUCGCAGAAACAGUACGCACCCUUACAGAAUUAAAUCACACUCCUGCCAGUCCCGUAUCCAUUCGCAGGACACACAGUAUGCGUUCUCAAUCAGCCGAUCGGAAAAUAGAACCGAGCCUUAUUGCCGCAUUAAGCGCAAAGCUGGCCCCUGGCAGGAGACACUCUCAGGAAAUGACAUACGCCAAGGCCAGUAGAGUAAGACAAUGGAUCGCAGUUAGAACACUCCCUGAUCCAACUGUUUGUCAUGAUUCGCUCAUGGAUCAAAUAAAAAAAGGGACUUCUUUACGGAAAACAAGAACAGUCAAUGAUCGGUCAGCUCCAAGAAUACAUUAGAAUAUUUGGCAAUAAACAGUAUGAAUGAAUAGCAUCCGGCCAUGACGUGUAAAAUAUAAAUUUAUGGUUGAUUAUAUAGUCGUGAUAUAUUUAAAUGGUUAACAUAAAUUUAAUUUAUUUGUAGAAUUAGAUUAUUUUAUUUCAUUUAUCACAAUAUUGACUGAAUUAUGCAGUCUUUUGUCUAUUAUUAUUAUUAUUAUUCCAUUAGUUUUUAUAUAUAUAAUAUAUAUAAAUUUGGUGAUAAUUUGAACACACUGUAUGGUGACUACUUAUAUAAUGGAAUACCCUUCUACUUGGAAAAAAUUGUUCAUAUUUGUUCAUAAAAAUUAAAAAAUAAAAACAAAAAAAAAUAAAUAUCAAACUAAGAAACAAUUUACUUUCUAAAAUAUAUAAACAUACUAAUAGCACUACAGUUCAGUGGCUACACAAUAAAUAAAAUUGUAAAUUCUUGGGCUGCCAAAAUUAGACCAGUAAUUUAUAAGCAAUUAUUAUUCUCAAUGUAAAAUUUUCAAAUUUUGAUUCAGACUGAAUAAUAACAGUUGUUGAUUAAAAGUAGCUAUUUUGUUUGAAUAAUAAUUGAUUGUUUUUUGUUCAUUAUAACUUAAACAAAAGAACUUUCCUGAUGCCUUGUU